GUUGAAUAUACUAGGUACAUAGAACUGGGAGCUCGGUAUCACAGAACAAGAGAUCAGUGAUUCAGGAUUUGUGAUAACAACAACAUGAAUUCCUUCUCAGGUUUUUGCAGCUCCAUGUUCCUCGUGUUCCUGGUCAUGUUUUGUUCUGACGGUGUCACUACACGGAGUAUCCGUAAACACCGGCGUGGUAACAGGGAAGUAAAUAAUCAUCAUCUCCCCAGUUACUACCAAUCAGUACCUCAAUGCAGCAUGAUGUACAAUCAAUAUGUGGUAAAAGCAGAAAAGGUUGUGCGGCCUUUGAAGUAUCUUCCUUGGAUAAUGAUGGGACCUUUGAAACAUUCAGGAGUAAGGGUCACAGUAGCAGGUGGACAAAAAUGUCUUAUUCACAAGGGAGUGGAAAUACUUGCCAGGAUUGGGAAAUCUAAGACCGUUGUUGAGGAUGCCAAACACUUGGCAAAUGCCUGGAAGGUGGAGGAAGAAAGACCAGCAUAUAAAAGAAAAAUGCUUGAAUUUAUUCAUGCAUGCGGUGAAGAUUAUGAUGUUUUAACAGACAACUGUCAUGAUUGCACAGAAAGAAUGAUGGAACUGACUGACACUUCUUAUUUUUAGGCUGUGAUUAUUUUAAAUCCAAUUUUGGAAUUACUUGGUGGUCAGGUCAUACCAAACUAAUGUGCGGAUUGUUGGUCAUAUUUUAAAAAACUAUAU